AUGGUUCUAGAUCAACCAAAGAUAGAUGCUCUGCUGCAGUGGGCUGAGGUCAAUCAUACCAGUCUUCAUCCCCAUGUCGAGAUUUAUCAGGACCCAGUCACCGGCCUGUCAUUCCGGGCAGUUGAGGACAUUCCCUCUGGCGACAAACUGGUCAACUGUUCUUAUCACACAGCCUUGUCUUAUCUGAAUGCCAUCCAUGGAUCUGCUCAAUUCCACCUUCAUGAAUCUCCGCGAUUUCCGCGUGAAUUUCUCGAUGAAUUGGGCCACGAUGAUCCGCAUAUUAUUGGGCAUUUCUUCUUAAUCCAGCAAUACUUGAUGGGUGCGGAGUCCUUUUGGUGGGACUAUAUUCGCCUCCUCCCACAACCAGACCAGCCAAAGGACAUGGGCCUUCCCAUCUGGUGGCCCGAAGCCGAUCGAAAGUUUCUUGCUGGGACAAAUGCUGAGCCUCCAAUAAGACUAAGACAGCGCGUAUGGAGGGAUCAGUGGAAGCAAGGAAUUAAUCUCCUUGAGAAUCGCUGGGAAAAUUUGGAGGCCUACACCUAUAUUCUUUAUAAGUGGGCUGCAACCAUAUUUGGAACACGAAGUUUCCGUGCCUCGUUAACCAUUCCCGAGGAGAUGAUAGGAAGUUCCUAUCCUAGUGUGCAGGAACGGGUCGAGAUUCUAGAUCAUAUCAAAAAGGAUCGAUUCUCUGUUCUUCUCCCAGUUUUGGAUAUAGGGAACCACGACGGACUCGAUUUCGUUAAAUGGUCCAAGGCCCCAGAAACGGAGCAGUUCAUUCUUUCCACGUCCAAAGAAGUGACGCAAGGUGCCCAAAUAUAUAACUUUUACGGCCACAAGUCAAAUAGUGAGCUGCUAGUGGGAUACGGGUUCACAAUUCCUCCUACCAUGUAUCAGGAUGUCGUCAACCUCAAAUUGACCCCUACUUCUGAUGCUACUCAACUGCGCCGUAGUCAAACUUGCCAUAGACGUCCUCGUCCUGAUCAAACAACUGGAGAAUUUAUGUUCCGAAUGCGAUACCAAACCUCCCCUGGGAAGCAUACAGGCACUAUUUUCGGCUUAAAAUACUUCUCUCACGGGCUGUUCGAGACCAUGGUCUGUAUGGUAGCGAAUUCCAGGGAGCGCCGGUUUAUUCAAGAAAAUCUUGGAUAUUGUCUCGAGAGGGACAGUGAUAUGUUUUCCAAGCCUUUAUACCGAGCUGUCUCUCGUGUUCUGCCCAUUCUGUCCGCUAAGCUUGAAUCUGAAAUCGGGAGAAUCCGAGAUAGUGAAGCCGAGUUAGGUAACCCUCAGAAUGAGAAUCAGAAACUAGCAUUGGACUAUAGGAACAGACAGCUUGGUGUCCUCGAGACUGCUCUCGCACCUAUCAUCCACCAGAUCCAUGAAGCGUCUUCAUUAAGCUCUUUCUGUCAACAUCCUCGCCAUCAGGCAUCCCCACCACAUCCAGACUACGCCCAUAUAACGGAUAUCCAAGCCAAUCUUUUGUCUCUAGAAUGUGCUUUUGAUUGGCUGCAUAUCUACUACCCAGAUAUCCACGAUUCACUCGUGCGAAUCAUUGCCGAUGACCAGGAAGAACAUCUACCCUUAAACUGGAGUAUCUUAGUAGAAGACUGGGAUAACGCAUACUGGAUAGUCUGGAUCUAUCUGAUAUGGAAGCUAUGGGCACUCGAUAGACAAGCUUUCGAGCUGCGGCACGGCAAUUUGAGAUCUUGGUUGCCUGAGAUGACUUUGGCUUACAAUUACGAAUCGUUCCGUGAAGGCGGCCAAUGUGGGGACUUCUACUCAGAUCCCUCAGAGCACGAAACGAUCAACCACACAAUCCAACAGAUUGACCUUCUUCCUCAGUUCAGUGCUAUCCACAACCCGGAAAACCUAUCUUGGGAAAAACUACGGAACUUUGCGAGUUUAAUCGCAUUGGAAGAGACUAUCCCGGCUACUUUCAACAUGGACCAUGGGGGGUCGAUUGAGCAGAAGGUACUUGUUUUGCCAGCGAGCAAACGAAACAAGGCGUUUCCUGGGCCUUGGCCACUGAACAGGAGAGCUUAG